GUCUUUCCUCACCUUCUUUCUCAUUAUCUCCUCUCAAGUGCCCAUUUUACAACAUUUAAGACAGAUCCCAUUUCUUUAAAAACCCCCUAACGAUCUCUCUCUCUCUCUCUCUCUCUCUCUCUCUCUCUCAAACUCAGAAGAAGUGUUCUUUUACAAUGAGAGACAAACUGUCUUGUUUUAGUGAAAAUGCAGUGAAUGUUUCUCAUCCUUCAUGUUCUAGCUAUGCAAACACUGCUUGUGUUUCUCCAAGUCUAUCUCCUUCAGUCCAAAAUGCAGUCACUAGUCUCUACAAGAUCACUCUCUCCACCACUAAAAAGCAGUUCUUGGUCACAGUCGCCUGGUGCAAGAACCAUUAUGCACAAGGCUUGAGCAUUAAGUUUGGUGAUGAUCCCUCAACAUCCUUCAGACUCAACACCAAUUCUCGCCUGUUUCGCAAGAAGAAAGGCUCUAAAGUCUUCGAAUCACCAGAAAGCUCGAAGAUGGAAAUCAUUUGGGAUCUCUCCAGAGCCAAGUAUGAUGCUACUGGUCCUGAACCUGUUGAUGGGUUUUACAUUUUGGUCAUGGUUGAUUCAGAAAUAGGCCUAAUUCUAGGUGACAUGGGUGAAGAAGCCAUGACCAAGAAGUUCAAGACUAGUACCCCAGUUUCUAAGGUCUCUUUGAUAUCAAGGCAAGAGCAUUAUUCAGGAAGUAGUACCCUUUACUCCACCAAAGCUCAAUUCAGUGAUACUGGGAUUUCUCAUAACAUUGUGAUCAGAUGUAGCGGAGAAAAUGAAGGCUUGAAGCAUCCAGUAUUGUCUGUUUCGAUUGAUACGAAGACGGUGAUUCGAGUAAAGAGGCUGCAGUGGAAUUUUAGAGGAAACCAGACAAUUUUUGUUGAUGGUUUGCUGGUUGAUCUGAUGUGGGAUGUUCAUGAUUGGUUCUUCAACAAUCCUUCAUCAAGAUAUGCAGUUUUCAUGUUCAGAACAAGAAGUGGAAUGGAUAGCAGACUUUGGUUAGAAGAAAAGUUGGUGCAGAAAGAACAGGAAAAAGUUGAAUUCUCCUUGUUGAUCUAUGCAUGUAAGACUUCAUAAUGAAACUUAAUUUACCAUAGCACUCAUUUUU